CCAUCGAAGUUCCUAUUGAAAGUUCAGUUACAGGAAGAAAAAAGCGGUCGACGUUGUAGAUUAUUCUGGUUGUGCGUACACUUCAAAAAGAGCGGGAAUGUAUAACGGUCGCGCCUGCACGACAACCAAGCAGCGGACCAAAUUCUGGUCAUGCGUAUUCUGGUAUAGUAGACCGAGGUCCUACACGUGUGUUCAAGUGUAAACAAACCAAAACAAGCCACAAAAACAACCAUAAAACUCAUAUAUUCUGUUUUAAUCUACGUCAACGUGGCUUCCAAUAGUGAGAACGUAGAGGACGAUUCAGAAACAGGUAMUAAUCACGACAGAUUGCCUUGCCACUGUAAAUUAUGUUGUGGAAAAAUUCGAAAUAGGAAGACUGUUAAACGGCACUUCCGGCAUCAUCCAUACAGGAGUAACGAUGAACAAUCAGUACCAGAUGUUGUUAAUUAAUGCUGGAGUCAAGACAUUGACACGAUUAUCAAUGUCACUGGGAGCUAUGUACAUAAUCCAUCCCCUGAUUACUGUCUUAUGUCAAAUAACACUGAAAGUCUUUUUAAAGAUGAUGAUGGUUCAAGUAACCAUGAUGACACAUGUAGUAAUCCAAGUAACCAUAGUGAGGACACAGAUGUCCCCAUACAAUCUGAAUUAUCGGAUGAUUCCUUUGGUGACCUUAGCGAUGACUCAGAUACYGAUGUCUYUGUGCAAUCAUCAUCUGCAGCAUCACAAGCUUCAAUGAGUGACAGUGAUGAGGGAAGUGAUGAGGAAAGUGAUGGUGAAAUUGAUAAGGAACUUGAAAGGUGCAUUUUAAGAAUAGUCUCGUAUAAAAUUAAAUAUGGAUGGUCUCAGAAGGAAACUCUUGAACAAUUACAAAGUCUAUAUGAGCUCACUAAGAAUGAAAGUAUUCCUCAUAAAACAUGGCUUGCUGUCUUAAAGUUACUAAAGAAAUUGGGAUAUAAAGACSCAAAACAUUUCAAGAUAUGCUGUGCAAGGGAUCAUGUAAUACUGGUUGAGGAUGAUGAAUGYCCAAGAUGURACAAACCAAGGGCUCAAUGUGUURACUAUUUUGUUCUUGGACUUAAUGUGGAAUCGAUAUUUAUUAGUAAGAAAAAGUURAAAAACCAUCUUGCCCACUGGGAAGACAAGAAUGAAUGGUUCAAUAUCAAUCCUAUCAGAGUAAAGAAAUAUGGCAUGGAUCAAGGUUCCGUGAGCUAUCAUAUUUUUGGGACGARCGUAAAGACAGCAUAAUGCCAACUUGUUGUCCAAACUGUUCAAGCAUUAUUUCUGUUGAAGACAUUAUUCAAAGUGGUGGUAUACAUGUAAAUAGACUUUCUGUUGUGCAUUUAUCAUKCCCAGAGUGCACCUUUGACUUUGUACAUACUGUCAAAACUAUGGCUGGUAGUCCAUUGAAUCAAGCAUUUAUAUUCCAUGAAGAUGGUUUUAAUGCAUUUUCAAAAAAAUCAAGAGGGAUUGCUGCUAUACAUGUGAGCAAUGCCUGUUCAAGGAAAAGCCUACGACUCCAUGGGGAAAAUCUACGUGUGUAUAGUUUCAUUCCAACGUGUUUGCUAAAUGAAGGAAUCCCUCACAAGAUGGAUGCUUUUUUAAAGCCGUUGAUUGAUGAAAUUACAGAACUGUACAUUAAUGGUGUUGAUGUAUAUGUCCCAGAAGAAAUUGAAGUUUCAGAUGUUUUAAUUGAGAAAGGAAAUCACAAGGUACGAGGACUGCUAUUACUUGGUACUGYAGACUUAAAAGGGCACCAAGAAAUGAUUCUCUAUGCAGGAGGUGGUAAACUUGGCUGUCGUCGUUGUUUAAUGAAUGGCAUAUACAUCCCCUGUAAGCGACAUUACUACUAUGGGAAAUUUGGAGAAAGAUAUCGCAAUCCAAGUCAACCACGAACAGCUAAGUACCAGCUAGAAAAUGGAAAAAGGGUUGAUGAUGCUGCAACAUUAAGUAGGAGGAAMGAAAUCCAGACUGAGACAGGAGUGUGUGGAGUUAGUAUUCUUUUUCAUUUAUACAAAUUGUACAAAUUUGAUCCAGUCCUGGAUAUGACCAUAGACAGAAUGCAUCUUACAUUUAAUAUGCUUAAGAGAGAGUUUUUGGACAAGAUGUGGGCAGACCUUGCAGACAACGCAGGAAAACCUGUUAAUGACAGAAAUCCAGAAGAUGGUGGACUUCUUGACCAUACAGAGUUUGCUUCUGCUCUUAAAGCCAUAAAGUGGACACCUGAAGAAAAAGCAAAGGGUGUUGCAAGAAUGCAGGUGUUGACUGAUAAACUUGGUAGCUGGAAGUCUAAUGAAUUCAAAAGAUUCAGCAGUGUUGCAAGAGAGGUAUUGGCCCARAAGAUUCCAUCAAAAGCAUAUGAUUGCUAUAUGUUUSUCUGUGAAGYUGUUCAAAUGCUGUAUAGCACAAAACUACAAGUGAGUGGUUGGAAGAUUGAAAAUAUUGAAAGGCUUGAGARACUACUUUGGGCUCAUGCUAUUAGAGYAGAGGAAUUUUAUGGGUUGGCAAUUUGUACUGAGAAUUUAGAAUACUCAGUACAUGCCACCCAGGAUAUAUAUCGCCAYUCAAGUAUGGACAAUUACUCGUGUGAAUUAUAUGAGCGGGCAAUUCUGACCCACAAAGCACAAAAGCACAAUGCAAAAGGCCUAGAAAAGACUUUUGCCACAAGGGAGAACAUUAGAAACUUUCUUGAAGAUUACCAAGAAAAGCAHGGGCCGCUAUCAGAGUAUGAUGCUGGAAAGACGAAACACAGCUAUGAUCUUAACAAUCUGGUGACWCCAGUACURCUACAUGAAAAAUCASUUGAUGCAGCCAAAGCAUUAAUAAAUGAUUUGAAGGAUUCACARAAUCCUGAGGUGAAACAUGCAAUAAGUUACGGUAUUAGUGUAGGAAAAGUAGAAAGGAAAGUUUCUCCAGACAGUGUUAUUGCUGAUAUCAAGAGGUUCUUCACUCAUGCUGGGAUAGUAGUACACAAUAUCCCCAAUGUACUUAAUUCACUAAAGAGUAUAGCAAUAAGAGACGAUGUUGGCGRCAUYGAAAAGUUCAGUGUUGGAACAACAUGCAAGAUAUCAUCCAGUGCAGGAGAUGAAUAUAUCAUGGAAAURUCUGACAUCUUUCAAGUUGGCCCUAUUGAAGAUAAAUAUUUUAAUUUCGUUAAUGGUAAAUAYUACAUUCCUUGCAUCCAGAAUGGUGGUGUUGUCUGUCACCCAUGGACACAAACACAUCAACUCAUCGCCAGAGACUACAUCCGAGAUAGCACACAAGCAGCAUGUAAAGUAAAGAGAAAAGUAAUCAUGUAUCCAGAUCCCUCAAACCUUGAUGAUCCUCAAUUUUACAUUUGUAUUGAUUUCAAGAAUCCCAAGCUAGUAAGAGAAGUGAUGGUUCCAGUUUACCCACAAGUAGGAGAAACUGUCCAURURAGAGGUCCUGGAAAUCAAGUGUGGUUUGGGUUGGUUAAAGAAGUUAACUGCACAGACCGUAAUGCAAUAGUACAGUGGUACAAGGAAACAAGAAGGCAGAAUGUGUGGGUUACAAUGAACAAGGAAGACUUAAUAUGGUUUUCAUCUAUCGUCAAGACAUGUCAAACAGYCAGGGUUCUUGGAGGUUAUAAUAUUGUAUAAGCCAUGAGUACAAGGACCUUACAUGUAAAUAGUGUAAUCCAAAUAAGUAAAUUUGAAUUAUUUUGCAUUUAAUGUAUUGGAAAUAUGAAAUACAUGUACAGCUAUUUGCAAUGAU